UUGGAGUUUGUUUUGUUUUUUUUAAUAAAUGGGGAUAAGGGGGUGACAUUUUAUCUAAAAAAUUUUUUUGAGGUAGAAAGGAUUGAGGGCAGUUUAUCCAAAAAUUUGAUAAUAGAGAGAGUGAGAUGAGUGGCCUUUUGUCCAUUGAAUUUUUUAAUAGGAGUUGGGGUGCUAUUUCCAAUUCAAAUUUUCUGAGGUAUUGUCUGGUUAGCUUUUGAAUUUUGAUUCCGAUUUUUAAAAUUAUCUAGAAAUUUAAUUUGGUAAUCUUCUUUAGAACGUCUGACUUUUUUAGGAGAUGGGCACGAAAAGAUGAAGUUAUAUCCCUUUCUUUAAUUUUCUAUUCAACUUUUUUAAAAUUACCUUUUUUGUAGAUAGAGUUGUCUAUUUACGAACUUGGGGAUGCUCUCAUAACAAUUCUGAUUCUGAAUAUAUGGCUGGACUUUUAUUAAAAGCUGGAUUUAAAGUAACGUCAGAAAAAGAAUUGGCUGAUAUUUGGCUUUUAAAUAGCUGCACGGUGAAAACUCCAUCAGAAACAAUGUUAGAAAAUCAGGUAAAAGAAGGCAAAUCUAAAAUGAAAAGAAUUGUUGUUGCUGGAUGUGUUCCUCAGGCAGGUCCACAAAUUUCUUGGUUAAAAGAUGUUAGCGUUAUUGGAGUUCAACAAAUUGAUAAAAUUGUUAAUGUUGUUGAGGAAACUUUAAAUGGAAAUAGUGUUCGGUUUCUUUCUAGACAAAAUAAAUCGGCAAAUGCGAUGGAUCUUACUCUUCCUAAAAUGAGAAGAAACGAAUUUAUAGAAAUUCUAGCAAUUAAUAGUGGAUGUUUAAAUCAUUACCUUAAAAGUUUUCCUUUAAAUGCUUUAGUUGACCAAGCAAAAAGAGCCUUAACGGAACAAGGUUGUCGUGAAUUGUGGCUAACUUCUGAAGAUUUGGGGGCGUGGGGAAGAGAUUUUGGUAUGGUUAUUCCAGAUUUACUUCAAGCUUUGGUCGAAAUAAUUCCUGAUGGUUGCAUGAUGAGAAUGGGAAUGACAAAUCCUCCAUAUAUUCUUGAUCAUUUGGAAGAAAUUGCACAAAUUUUAAAUCAUCCAAAAGUUUAUUCAUUUUUACAUAUUCCUGUCCAGUCUGGAAGUAAUGCUGUUUUGAGUGAUAUGAAAAGGGAAUAUACAAAAGAACAUUUUUGUCAAAUUGUUGAUUAUAUGAUUAAAAAUGUGCCAAAUAUUUAUAUAGCAACAGACUUUAUUUGUGCUUUCCCAACGGAAACUGAAGAAGAUUUUGAAGAAAGCAUGGGAUUAGUUAAAUUAUACAAAUUUCCAAGUCUUUUUAUCAAUCAAUUUUAUCCCAGGCCGGGAACACCAGCUGCUCGUUUAAAGAAAAUAAAUACUGUUGAGGCCCGUAGACGAACCUCCGAAAUGACUCGUCUUUUUCAUUCCUACCAUCGUUAUGAUGAAUCUAGAAUAGGAAAAGAAUAUUGGGUUUUAAUUUGUGAACGUGCUUCUGAUGGGAAAAGUUAUGUUGGGCAUAAUAAAUGUUAUGAACACAUUUUGGUCCCGGAUCCAUAUGAGGAUGAAAUAUUAAAAAAUGAGAAUUCUUCCAAAAAUGGUUUUUUGUUAGGCAAAUGGGUUUAUGUUCGAAUUGUUGGUGUUUCUAAAUUUUAUAUGCGCUCAGAAAUUUUAAAUUGGAAAGGCCCUAAAGAUGAAAAUAUUUUAAAGGAAAAUUCUCUAAAAUUGGCAAAGGAUUUAUUAGGUUUGCCUCCUUUAUUUUUUAUUUUUGGUUCUUUAAUUUUGGCUUUAUUGUUGAAAUUUUAUUUAAAUUUUGUUUAA